AUGGCCAACAUUUCAUCUGAUGUUCGUAAUUAUUUCAAAUUGGAACUCUUGCUGACACGUUCAUGUGCUCUACUUCGUCACUUAUUUAAGAAUCGUUAUUCUCAAUUUAACAGUGGCCAAACAUGGAAUGAUACAUCGGCGUGUGGGAAUAGUUACUUCACCAAUGUCAUUGUAAAAAAUAAACAGAUAAGUUUAACAGCAGUGCAGAAGACAUCUGUUUCUAGUGGAAACUCAGAUGAAUGGGAUGUAACUACACUAACUGCUCUUCUAUUAAAUAGCGACCACCCCAAAACGCUAAAUGCAGCUGAAAUUCAACAACUCGACCAGGAAAAUGCACUUGUCGAGCAACUGAGAGAUAUUCGAAAUAAAUUAGCUCAUAAUACAACAAAAUCUGUUGAUGAUCUACAAUUCAAUCAACUAUGGACUGAUUUAACGGCAAUUCUAAUUGCACUCGGUGAUGUAAACACUGAAUUAGAUAAACUAAAGGAUGACAGUAUUUUCGAAUCACCUACUCAAAUAAUUAAUGAAGACAGCGUGAAAGAAGCAUCACAUUUGAACUCACUUGCCACCCAAGCCCAUAAAGAUGGAAAAUUUUCCGAAGGUAUCACAUUAUUUACAAAAGCAACACUUUUACCGGGUGUUGCAGACCAUGACCGUGCUAUUUUCUUUUCCAAUAUGGCUUCUAGUCGUCUUGCACUGUAUGAAAAGCAAUCAUGUUCCACCGGAAGAGUUGAAAUUGAUGAUCCAAAUGAUCAACGAUAUCGCGCACUGCAAGAUGCUAAACAAGCCCGAAUUCUUCGGUCAACAUGGUGGAAAGGACAUUUGCGUGUUGGAAAAGUAUAUACUGCCUUGAAUGAACAUGAAAAAGCGAUUAAUUCAUUUGAACGAGCACUGGCUCUUGCACCAACGAACGAUGACAUAAAGAAAGCAUUGGAUGAAAGUCAUCAUAUACUUGGCCGACAACAACGACAAGAGCAUCUUGAUCCUGAAUCGAAACCAAAAUCAAUACUUGAACAAUUGAAUGACAAACAACAGAAAUUCGGUUUGAAUUCAGAAGCAGUGUGCAAAACUUAUAAGUUAUUUCGAGAGAAGAACCCAUCACUAGCCGAUGUCGAAAAAGGAUACAAAUACGAACAUGGAGAUAAUGAUGUUAAACAGAAUUAUGAAGAAGCCGCUCGAUAUUUCGAAAAAGCAGCAAGACAAGGCAAUGCUGAAGGAAUGUAUAAUUUAGCUCGAUUAAGCGAGCAUGGGCUAGGUGUGAAGAAAGAUCAUAAUAUAGCUCAAAAUCUUUAUGAACAAGCAGCUGCAGAACCACCGUAUCAUUCAGAACUAUACAAUAUUCGGAAUAACGGUGUAGCGGAAGCUGAACAUGCUUUAGGUGUUCGAUAUGCUGAAGGUGUCGUCGUUAAUAAAAAUCUAGGAAUUGCAGCAUGUUGGUACCAAAGGGCUUUUAAACAUGGGAAUGUUCAAUCAGGUAAUAGUUUGGCUUUAUUAUAUGAAAAUGGCAGUGGUGUCAUAUUAGAUCUUGACAAAGCUGAACAAAUAUUUGAACAGGCAGCUGAACAAGGUGAUUCAAAUGCUAUGUAUAAUUUAGCAACAUUACUUACUCGUAGAGCUAAGCUUCCAAUGGCAAAAGUAUGGUACGAUCGAGCAUGUAAAGCAGGUCAUAUAGUUGCCCAAUCCGAUCGUGGAUUCAAAGAAGACGUACAAGCAAAACAUAAUAUUAUUAGAAGUUUUUCGCCAGAUACAUUGCCGAUGAUGGAUAAAAUAUUUGAAAUUUUCAGUUCAUUGAAGACAACUACAUCCGCAUCGACAGCAAUGGAUGGAUCCGAUUUCUAUGAUUACCGUAUGUUACUUGAACAUGCCAACUGUGGUUCGAAAACAGCAAGAAUUAUGUGUGAUGCUUUGGAACAUUUUUCAGAAGCAUUAUAUACAUUCACGCAGAACGAUACAUUGACGAAAGAUGAAGAGAAUCUGAUUAUGCACAAUCUUUCACAAUGUCAUCGCAUUGAACAUAUAGUUGCUCGGUAUCCAAGUAUAGAGAUACGUAAUAAGCUUAAAGACCUUGUAGAUCGCGUUCUUCGCCGAUGUAAUACUACUGUCUCACAGCUUGACGAAGACACUCGAACAUGUUUUGCAGGAUUAAAUAUGGAUUCGCCUACAUUGGUUAUUAACUUUCUUAGUUUAUGUAAACAAAAGUAUCCGAAAUCAAUAUAUUUUUUCGAAUUAAGCGCCUCAAUGAACGGUUUCUUACGACAGUAUGACGACACUUUAUAUGAAGCUAAUCUUGGAUUAGAAAUAGAUCAAAAUUAUUGUCAGUUACUAUAUGAUAAAGCUGGUGCAUUACGUUUUCUCGAAAAGGAUAUGGAUGAAGCCAUCGAAGCAUAUCGCGCAUUUCUCGCUAUUGCACCUAAAGACCACCGAAAAGUACCUGAUUCAUAUUAUGCAAUGGCUAUGUGUUAUCUUAUGAGCAAAAACGACCAAAGUUUAGAAAAUGCUACAAAAAUGUAUCAAAAGGGCGAAGAAGCAGAAAAGCUGCAAUUACCAUGCUUUUUACCUUAUGAUCCCAGCAUUAAAACUCCCACUAAACUUGAGCUUGAGAUGGUAUCUUGGAUCAAAAUAAAAAUAUCUACUCUUCAUAUUGAUAAUAAAGCACGACUAAAAGAUCCAGUUCGAAUUGAAGUUAUAGUAGAACAACGUCAAUGCCAAAAUCAGUUGUUAAAAGCGAAAAACAAACCAGGUCUUAUUUCAAUACCUUUUACUUAUAAAGCCCGAAUUUCUCAACGAACAACUAAAUCCUUAGCUGGAUUAAAAUCAAUUACAUUUCGAGAUAUAGAUCCAGUAAAAGAUCAUGUCUAUGAACGAUAUGUAUUGUCUGUGACUAUUAUCGGAGAAGCAUAUUCAUGGGCGCCAUCAAUCCAGUUGAUGACAGAAGAUGAACAUCUCGAUUGCAAAAAAUUAUGUAUCUAUGAUUUUCCUAAAGAUCAAGGAGAAUAUUUAAUAAAAAAAGUAUUUCGAAUUGGAACUAAAAUGAAUAUUAUCAAUCCAUAUCUACGAAUAGAUGCAAGUGACAAGAAACCAGUAAUUGGUAUUGAUGAAUUCUCAUCAAUUAUGAUGCAAAGUGAAUCAGAAUAUGUAGUUAAUAUGUGCCGAUGCUGUGGAAGAGCAAAUGCAUCAUAUAUUUGCGGUAAUUGUAAACAAGCACGUUAUUGCACAAAAGAAUGUCAAACUAUGGAUUGGCAGUUAUAUAAACAUAAACUAAUAUGUAUAAAAGAAUGA